AUGAAUUUUACUUACCCGUUCGAUUCGUACACUCCUUCAGGUUUCGGUGCAACAAGUUUUGCGAUUUUUGUAUAUUUAUCACUGGUCGCUUGGUUCGUUCAAUCAUUACAUGGAAAAUGUCAACCACGUCUCCUAUCGAUAUUCGUAUUUGUCGCGCAUUUAACUCUUUUUAUUGAACUUGUCCUACGUGCAACUGUUCAUAAUGAUGUUUUACAUACAACAACACUUUACAAGAUAAGAGCACCGUUGAUUAGUGUGCCUGCUCGAUUUAUAUUACUCGCUAACUACCAUUGUUUAGUGGAAUUACGUGGGCAAAAACCACAUCGACCCCUCGAUCGAAUUAUUGAUGCUGUCGUUUUAGUUUUUGCACUUUCAGCUGAUAUACUUCUUACCAUCGCAAAUGAACUUUCACUUAAGCCGAAUCAUCUUUAUCUUAGCUUUUAUCUUCGUCAAGCAUCAGCUAUCUGCGUCCUUAGUCUCGCUCUAUUUUUCUACUUAGUUUGGUAUUUAGCUGUUCCACAUGUUCGUCGUCUUUAUGUUCUACCUCUAUUGGCGAUUUCAAGUGCUUGUGUGUUGAUCGAAGCAGUUUAUAUUCUCUUGACUUCGAUACCGUUUCUGUUCAACGUUCUUUCUCAAAAGGAAUUAUGGUUCUAUGUCGGACAUUUGGUUCCACUUGCUGUUGCCCUUUGUUCCUGGUCGAUUUAUCAUCCGUGGAGAUUAUUACCACCACUUGAACGAGAUAUUCCUCAUGAUUCAGCAGGCAAAGAGCUGCUUCCACGACCAUCAUUAAUCUAA